GAAGAAAACAAAAACAUCAGUUGCACCUGGGCUCAAUCCCAUUGUCUCUGUAUUUGCUAUGAAUGAGCGCCUCCUGUCGCCUCUCAGCUGGUACUGCACCCACCGGCUGCUUCUCUCCAAGGUCCUGAAAUAUUCUCUAACUUGCAGUAGUGAAGCAUCCUAAUUUUUCUAUCCUGACAAUACUUCUUAAUAUUCCUCUAUUCAGUUUAACUAUACCUUCUCAACACAGCCCCACAGCGAGCCUCAGAGUCUGUGCUGAGUGAGUUUACCUCCACCUUCCUCUGGACAGAUUUCCACUGUCAUCCUUAUAAACGGCUCAGCUGGUUUAAUCCUGUCGGCUGACCACCGCGGAUACAGGGACGCGUUAGUUUUAAUACUCCCUCACCGGAAUGUGCCUGCGUGGAUAAACGCAACUGCAGAUUUUUUUAUUUACAUGCGUAAGGAAAUUUGCAGAAAUCGUCUUUAAUUGGAUUUGCAGGUUAAAGUGAGGAUGGCCUGCAGCCGCUCAGCUGCGUGAGGAUGUGAGAUGACAGGCGGCAGAUGGUUUAACUCCUAGAAAGUUCUCUCUCUUUGGGCUUGAAUUCAUAUCUGUGAUCCAAUACGCGUCGCAGAUCCCCCUGAGGAGUUGAUGGUGGCUUUUCUGAAGUGAUUUGGUGGUGUUAAACUGCGGACAUGGACGGGGCAAAGAAAGAUGCCCCCCCUGGGGGGGAGGCAGGAAAGUCCGACACCCUGGGGUCGACUGGCUCAUCCAGAAAAAGAGGAGGGGGGGCCAAGAAGGCGAUUCAGGCGAACAAGUCGGCCCUCAGGGCCCCCCGAGCCCUCUGCUGCCUUACCCUCAGCAACCCCAUCCGCAUGGCAGCCCUGGCCCUGGUAGAGUGGAAGCCCUUUGAUAUCUUCAUUCUACUUGCCAUUUUUGCCAACUGCGUGGCCAUGGGCGUCACCAAGCCGUACCCUGAUGAUGACUCCAACGCUACCAACCACCAACUGGAACAAGUGGAGUACGUCUUCCUCGUCAUCUUCACAAUCGAGACCUUCACUAAAAUCCUUGCCUACGGCUUAGUCAUGCACCCCAGCGCCUACAUACGCAGCGGAUGGAACUUGCUCGAUUUCGUUAUCGUCAUUGUCGGGUUGUUGAGUGUGAUAGCAGAGCUCAUGACGGAUCAUAAGCCAGGAGAGGCCCAUCAUGCUGCAGGGAAACCUGGAGGCCUGGAUGUCAAAGCUCUCAGGGCAUUCAGGGUGUUACGACCUCUUCGGCUCGUAUCUGGCGUGCCAAGUCUACAAAUUGUGUUGAACUCCAUCAUGAAGGCCAUGGUCCCCCUUCUGCACAUCGGUAUGCUGGUCAUGUUCGUCAUCAUCAUCUACGCCAUCAUCGGCUUGGAGCUUUUCAUCGGCAGGAUGCACAAGACGUGCUACUCCAGCAGCACAGGUCUCAUGGUGGAGGAUGAUCCGUCGCCCUGUGCGUUUGCCGGGAGCGGGCGCUUCUGCAUCGGGAACGGGACCGACUGCAGGGGCAAGUGGGAGGGCCCCAACGGCGGCAUCACAAACUUCGACAACGUUUUCUUUGCCAUGCUGACAGUUUUCCAGUGCAUCACUAUGGAGGGUUGGACAGAUGUUCUCUACUGGAUGAACGAUGCCAUCGGCUUCGAGAUUCCAUGGGUGUACUUUGUCUCUCUGGUCAUCUUUGGCUCCUUUUUCAUCAUCAAUCUCGUAUUGGGUGUGUUGAGCGGAGAGUUCUCCAAGGAAAGAGAAAAGGCGGUGGCGCGUGGCGAGCUGCAGAAGGCGCAGGAGAGCAAGCAGAUGGAGGAAGACAUGAUAGGCUACAUGGACUGGCUCAUAGAGGCAGAGGAUGUGGACGAAGAAGGAAACAAACGUGCUGCAAUAGCAAAGAAGAAGAUGAUGAAGAAGUUUGGAUGGUACAAACACAAUGAGGACGGUGGAGCGGAGUCAGACUCGGAUGAUGAUAUAGCGUACCUCGAUGAUGACAACGGCUUCUGUGCUUCUCUCAUGGCAAAGAUGAUGGCGAACAGCUUCUGUGACCAGUUGUGCCAGCUGAAUCACACAUUCAGGAAGAACUGCCGCGUGGCCGCCAAGACCACCAACUUCUACUGGUUGGUGCUCCUGCUGGUGUUUCUCAACACAGUGGCCAGCGCCUCCGAGCAUUACGGACAGCCCAAGUGGCUCACAGAAAUGCAAGAGCGAGCAAACAAGAUCCUGCUGCUGCUGUUCACUCUGGAGAUGCUGAUGAAGAUGUACGCCUUCGGCCUGCAGAUCUAUUUCAUGGCGCUGUUCAACCGUUUCGAUUGCUUCGUGGUGUGCGGCGGCAUCCUCGAGACGCUGCUCGUGGAGAUGGAGUUCAUCCCGCCCAUCGGCAUCUCUGUGCUGCGCUGCAUCCGACUGCUCAGGAUAUUCAAGAUGACUCGGCACUGGGCUGCUCUGUCCGACCUGGUCAACUCGCUGCUCAACUCCAUGAAAGCCAUCUGCUCCCUUCUGCUCUUGCUCUUCCUCUUUCUCAUCAUCUUCGCCUUGCUGGGCAUGCAGUUGUUCGGAGGCAAAUUCAACUUUGACGAGACUCAGAUGAAGAGAAGCACUUUUGACUCCUUCCCUCAGGCUCUGCUCACUUGUUUCCAGAUCCUCACAGGAGAGGACUGGAACGCUGUGAUGUACGACGGCAUUAUGGCCUACGGAGGGCCGAUCUUCCCCAACAUGGUGGUGUGCAUUUACUUCGUCAUCCUGUUCGUCUGCGGUAACUACAUCCUGCUCAAUGUCUUCUUGGCUAUCGCUGUGGACAACUUGGCGGGAGGCGGCGGAAAGACCAAAGUCGAAGAGAAAAAGGAAGAGGAAGAAGAGUGGGAUGAGGAUGAAGAGAAAGAGGAUGAAGAUGCAGGGAACGAUGAGGAUGACUGGCAGGAAAACGAGGAGCUGAGGGCCAUCGAGGGACUGGAGGGAGUUGCUCCAUUAAAGCCUGAGUUCUCAGGACCCAAAGAGAAGAUCGUCCCAAUCCCUGAUGGAAGCUCCUUCUUCGUUCUUGGAAAGAAAAACUGUUUGCGAGUCGCCUGCCACAACCUCAUCCAUCACCCCUACUUCACCAACUUCAUUCUCAUCUUCAUCAUCCUCAGCAGUAUUUCGCUGGCUGCUGAGGAUCCAAUCAAAUCCCACUCAUUCAGGAACAUAGUGCUCGGUUAUGCCGAUUAUGUCUUCACUUCAGUUUUCACAGUGGAGAUCGUACUAAAGAUGACAGUAUACGGAGCUUUUCUGCACACCGGUUCCUUCUGUCGAAACGCUUUCAACCUUCUUGACCUGCUGGUUGUCAGCGUGUCGCUCGCGUCUUUCUUUUUACAUUCAAGUGCGAUCUCUGUGGUCAAGAUUCUCAGAGUGCUGCGAGUGCUCAGGCCUCUUCGAGCCAUCAACAGAGCCAAGGGACUAAAGAAUGUGGUGCAGUGUGUGUUCGUGGCGAUCCGCACCAUCGGCAACAUCUUAAUCGUCACGACACUCCUUCAGUUCAUGUUCGCCUGUAUCGGAGUGCAGCUCUUCAAGGGCCGAUUCUACAGCUGCACAGAUGAAGCCAAACACACUCCUGUGGAGUGCAAGGGAACGUUUGUGGUCUAUAAAGACGGCGAUAUGAACCACCCCAUGGUGAGAGAGAGGAUUUGGGAAAACAGUGAUUUCAACUUUGACAACGUGCUGAUGGGCAUGCUGGCUUUGUUCACUGUGUCCACAUUUGAAGGCUGGCCACAGCUCCUUUAUAAGUCUGUGGAUGCCAACGCCAUCAACCGAGGUCCCAUUUACAACUACCGAGUGGAAAUCUCCAUCUUUUUCAUCAUCUACAUUAUCAUCAUCGCCUUCUUCAUGAUGAACAUAUUCGUGGGUUUUGUCAUCAUCACAUUUCGAGAGCAAGGAGAGGCCGAAUUCAAAAACUGCGAACUCAACAAAAAUCAACGCCAGUGUGUGUACUACGCUCUGAAAGCUCAGCCUAUCAAGAUUUACAUCCCUAAAAACCCGUCGCAGCUCAAAUUCUGGAAAAUUGUCAACUCCAGCCAGUUUGAAUACAUCAUGUUUGUGCUGAUUCUGGGAAACACACUCACUCUGGCUAUCCAGCAUUACGAACAGUCUAAAAAUUUCACCUCCAUCAUGGACAUCCUCAACAUGAUCUUCACUGUGGUUUUCACUAUAGAGAUGAUCAUCAAGUUACUGGCUCUGCGGGCUCACCACUAUUUCAUCGAUCCGUGGAAUUCAUUUGACGCUCUGAUUGUCGUGGGGAGCGUGUUGGAUAUCGCAGUCUCUGAGCUUAGCGGAGGAGGGGGCCAUGGUGAGGGUAAAGGAGAGAGUGGAAAAGUGUCCAUCACGUUCUUCCGUUUGUUCCGAGUCUUGAGGUUGGUGAAGCUGCUCAGCAAAGGAGAGGGCAUUCGAACGCUCCUCUGGACUUUUGUCAAGUCGCUCCAGGCCCUGCCUUAUGUCGGUCUGCUCAUCGCCAUGAUCUUUUUCAUCUACGCUGUGAUCGGCAUGCAGUCAUUUGGGAAAGUGGCCGUCGAUGACAACACACAUAUCAACAGAAACUGCAACUUCCAGACCUUCUUCAUGGCUGUUCUGGUGCUCUUCAGGUGUGCCACCGGAGAGCAGUGGCAGGAGAUUAUGUUGGCAGCUCUGCCCGGUAGACGCUGCGACCCAGAAUCCGACACUGAGCCCGGUGAAGAGUUCACCUGCGGUAGCAACUUGUCCUACAUCUACUUCAUCAGCUUCUUCAUGCUCUGUGCUUACCUGAUUAUCAACUUGUUCAUCGCCGUCAUCAUGGACAACUUUGAAUACCUGACGAGAGACUGGACCGUGCUCGGCACUCACCACCUGGACGAGUUUAAGAGAGUUUGGUCUGACUACGAUCCGGAGGCCACUGGCCGUAUAAAACACAUCGACGUCGUCACAAUGCUGCGGAGGAUUCAACCACCUCUCGGUUUUGGAAAACUGUGUCCUCAUCGAGUUGCUUGCAAGAGACUGGUUGCUAUGAAUGUCCCACUGCAUGCUGAUGGGACAGUCACCUUCAGUGCUACUCUGUUUGCUCUGGUGCGAACCUCACUCAAGAUCAAGACUGAAGGCCCCAUCGACAAGCAGAAUGAAGAGCUGAAGGUGAUCAUUAAGAAGCUCUGGAAGCGCACCAAGCCCAAGCUCAUUGAUGAAGUCAUUCCUCCCCCUAGAGGUGAUGAGGUGACUUGUGGGAAGUUUUACGCCAGCUUCUUGAUUCAGGACUAUUUCAAAAAGUUCCGUAAGAGAAAGGAGAGGGAGAGGAAAUCCAAAAGGAAGGACAGGGCAGCUUCUCUGCAGCUAGGGCUGAGGACGCUGCAGGACCUGGCUCCAGAGAUGCGUCUGGCGAUGGCCUGCGACCUGGAAGAAGAGGAGGGCGUGGAUGGAGAGAUGGCCGGGGAUGAGAUAUUCGACAGCGAGCCAGGAACCUCGGUGAAUAACACGCCUCGCAGCACGCCGCUGCCGACUCUAGACAAGCUGGUAGAGCAGAUAAACGUGCUCAUGGAGCCUGAGCCUGAGCCCAAGACAGCCAUCGAUGACGUGGUCACGGAGCAGGUGAUGGGCCUGCAGGAGCACGAGAGACCAGGAUCAGAGCUGGCAGGAUUCAGUGUUGUAACAGAGCAGCCUGUGAGAUCUAAUCCCAUGCUCAUCAGGUGUGUUUCUCUCAUCCCUGCCCCUGCCCCUGCCCCUGCUCCUGCUCCUGCCCCUGCUCCUGCUCCUGCUCCUGCUCCUGCUCCUCCCCCAGAGAUACCACAGGGUGUAGUUGAAGAACCAAUUGAGGUGGCAACAACUACAGUAGAAGAGCAGGUCUAUUACAGUGAAGUGGAAGCUGCAAUUCUGGCAUCAGUAGACAGGUACGUGUAUCCAGAAGCUGUCUCUCCUACACCACCUGAGAACGACUACAAUGGACAGAGCAUUGGGGAGAUACCCUAUGACACUCCUGAUGCCAAUGGCUUUGAUACCAGCAGUUAUAACGACACCAACAUCAAUGGAGGGAGCCCCAUUCCCUAUGCCACAAAUGGAUAUAGUGAGAACGGAUAUGCAGGCGACAACGGCAGUAUCAUUAGCGUCAACGGUAAUGGAAGUACAAUAAACGGGAAUGGAAACGGCAGCACUUUCAGUGGUUACACUGGGAACGGCUACAAUGGAAAUGGGAAUGGCGAACAGUAUGUCAGGAGACGACUACUUCCUUUCAUACCACAAGGUCGAAAGCCAUCCUUUAACUUACAGUGUCUGAGGCCACAGUCCAGUGACAGCCUCCCCAUCCCAGGGAACUACCGUGGGAGCACAUCCCCAUCCAGAUCCCGUCUACAGACUCAGCAGAACCUGGACUCCCGACCCAGCAGCGCGUCCUCGAUGUCAUCCGCCUCCUGGGUGAACUCGAGAGCAGCUGGCACCACUCCUCUUCCAGGAAUAAUCGCCCCCUCGGGACGCAGGGGCAAACUCAUCUACUCCCCUAUGAUCCUGGUGGACGAGGCCACCGGCAACAGCCAGCCGCUGUGGAGCGACGGCUCCGCCAGCCUCCCUGCAGGGAGCAGGGCACCUGGCUGGUACCCCGGUCAGACGAGGACCUUCAGCAGCAUGAGGAUGCCACCGGUCAACCAGGGCUUCAUGGAAAAAGGCAGCGCAGAGAGUCUGGUCGAGUCGAUCCUGAUCUCGGAGGGUCUCGGCGUCUACGCCAGGGACCCCAAGUUUGUGAGCUUUGCCAAGCGGGAGAUCGCCGAAGCCUGUCACAUGAGUCUGGACGACAUGGAGAGCGCGGCCGCCGACCUCAUAGCUCGAGGAGCCAGUCAGUCAAUUUCUCGCUUUGAGGAGGAACUGGCCGACGAAAUGAACUGCGUGAUUUCUUACUGAGAUCAGCAAAACUGAAAUAACUGUGUGAGAAAGUGAGGUAUGAAGUUUUAUAAGGGGAAAAAAGUGUGUUUUAUAUCUGCUCCGGAGAAAAAGUGGACUGGAGAGUGUAAGAAUGAAGGGACAAUUUUGUCUACUAAUGUUGUGUUGGUAUGAUAUACUUUUAUUUGUAAAUGCCAAAACACACACACUGAUUUUAAGAUAUCACAUGUCAGUAUGUUGCAGGACUCAACAACUAUUCCUCUGAACACUUUGACUGUUUUGCAGAAGAGCCUGCUGAAUGGGACAGAAAACUGUGGCUCUUAGCAUUAUUAUGACUUAUUAUGACAGACGACCUUUUUUUUUUGCAUUGUAUUCUCAUUUUGUACUGUACUUGAAUUGUUGUCACUUUAUACACUUGUAUAAACUGUAAAAAAAAUAAAUAGAGAUUAUUAAACUAUUAGAUCAAUAAAACAUUUAUACUUUGUUACACAUACAGUAUAAUUGAUAUACGAGUGCCCAACAGCAUUCGCUUUUUUAGAGAAAUAUUUAAAUACACUGAAUAUUGAAUAUCCUCCAAAUAUGCAAUCUGAAAACUCAUAGACUGUAAAUAAAGCACUAUGUUUUCUCAUUAUUUGUGUUAGUUAUUAUUCUUGUGCAGUAAUAACAUACCAUUCCAAACAGGAAGUUGAAAGCUACUUUUUUUUUUUUUCACAUCAGAGCUAUAAUGGAGGUUGAAACCAGCAGCAAAAAUACAAAAGAGUGAAUUAUAUAAUCAGCCAUUAAUGGACCGGCAGAUGGACAACAUCUGGGUUUCACUCCCCCUUUUAGAUACAAAAGAAUCAUGCAAAACAUUAGCCCAUAUGUGUCUGUUGUUCACUGCUAAAUUAAACACUGUAUAUUCAUCCUUUAUCUCUGUACUGUUUGCAAAAAUGUAAAAAUAUGUACUCUCCCUGAACUUAUGUGCAGAAUGAGGUUUGCCUACAAGAAAGGAAAAUAUAUUCCUCUAAAAAUACAAUCAGCUGACAUUUGAUGGUGUGGAGCUGCCUGUUAAUGACCAGCAGCGGUUCACAAACCUUCACCGACCUUUUUAUUCCCCUUUACAUCCCUCCUUCUGUCUACUAAAGCGUGAACAGUCUCCAUGCGCUCCUCUCUGCAUUAGAAGCCUCGGGGCGAGCUACCCCUUAGAAUAAAGCAGCGCUGUGAUUGGGCAGACGGCUCGGCUCGUCUUUUUUUCUUGAGCACCAUGGAUUUUUUUUUUUUUUUUUUGUAAUGCUUUCUUUAUUGAACACAUUCUCAUUAACAGAGGUACAAACAGAUACAUAGACAAUUGA